AUGCCACCCAAACGCAAGAAGUCUCUCGUUGAGUCCCCAACCGAAUCUCCCACCCCAGAUGAGAACUUCGACGCCGUAUCCGUUGCAUCCAUUCCUUCUACCGCAUCCGCUACACCCGUCAAACCUAAAACUAAGAAACCUAAAAUUGAGAAAGGAGAAAAGGUCGAGAAAGUUAAAGCUCCUCCUAAAGCAAAAGCUUCUAUUAAAGAAAAGGCUUCUCUGAAAGAUAAAGAGGUGAAAGCAAAGGGUUUGACUAAAGAAGUUAAGGAGACGAAGGAAAUCAAAGAGGCGAAAGAUACUAAAGUUAUUGGUAAAGAUGGUAAGGAGAAAGUAAAAGCUGUGACGGGCGAUGAGGCACAAGAGGUAUUGUUGGAGUAUUUGAGUAGGGAGAAUAGACCUUUUAGUGCGGGGGAUAUUAGUGGGAAUUUGCAUGGGAAGGUAACCAAAACCCUCACCGACAAACUCCUCAAAGAACUCUGCAACUCCGGUCUCAUCAAUGGCAAAGGUACGAAUGGCGAUGGAAAAGGUUCACAAUGGGUCUACUGGGCCCUCCAAGAUCCCAAUUCUUCUCUCUCCCCUGAACAACUCGCAGAAAUGGAUUCGCAGAUUCAAGUUCUGCAGGAUCGAUUACCAGAAUUGAAAAUGGAUGCGAGGAAAUUGAAUAUACAACUUGCGGGGAUGAAAAAGGAAAUGGGGUUCGGGAAUUGA